CCUGAGAGGGAAGUGACGUCAGACAAGGAAGUCAUCCUUGCAUCCGCUCGACAGUUGUUAGCAAAGAGCAGCAACUGCAAUUCCACCUAAUAUUAUCUUGUAGUCAUCUGUCGUGGAUAAAAACAACAGCAUUUAUGUAUUAAUGAAGCCAGAAUAUGUUGGACCGAAAGAUCGCUAUGCAUGCUUGCGAGAUGACUCAACAGUGGCUUGGAUAUCUGGGAUUGUGGCUUUAUGAAAUGAGGCUUGCUCUCUUUACCAAGUUUGAUAUUACUUCAGGGUCGCAACAAUAUUAUGAAUAACACAUCCCUGUUAAAUGUCUUUUUUUACAUUACCCACUUGUUUUCAUAAAACUGUAAGAGAACCGUUGAAAAAGCAGUCCAGACAAUGUCACUGGCCGAACAGUCUCAAAAAUGGUUUCCAACUCAUGUCCAAGCCACUGUUCUUCAAGCUGCUGAAUUACAGUCCAAGGGGAAAAAUGGCACCAAUGAUGCAUACACUAUCAUCCAGCUGGGCAAGGAAAAGUAUUCGACAUCAGUGGCAGAGAAGACGCUCAACCCUGUCUGGAGAGAAGAAGCUUCCUUUGAACUACCUGGGUUACUUUUGGAUGGCAACCCAGAAAUCUAUCAGCUAUGCUUCAUUGUCAUGCAUCGCUCUUUGGUUGGGCUGGACAAGUUCCUGGGUCAGAGGUCCAUCAACCUCAACGAAGUGUUUGACAACAAGCAGCGACAGAAAACUGACUGGUAUACCUUGCAAUCCAAGCCAUCAAAGAAGAAAAAGGAGCGAGGACGCAUCCAAGUCAGCAUCCAAUUCAUGCGGAAUAAUAUGACAGCCAGUAUGUUUGACCUCUCCAUGAAGGAGAAGCCCCGCUCGCCUUUUUCUAAACUAAAGGUGAAAAUGAAGGGUCGCAAACAUGACAGUGACACCUCUUCAGCUAUCGUACCUCGAUCUGCAGCAUGCGACUCGGACCCUAAUUAUCACCCAACUGCCCCAGAAUUGCGAACCGAACCCAAGGCUAAGAGAUCGCUCCUCUCUGGGGCCCAGAAACUUUCUGCAGCCCACUCCAUGUCAGAUCUCAUUGGGACCCACUUUCGACCCAAACUGGACUCCAUGAAUUCCAUCGAAGAAAGUGGUACAGCUGCUCCUCACAGGCGUUCCCAGAGUGAGGUACCAGGUCUCCAAGACACCGAGGCACACAGUGACCCUUUUCCUGAUAUCAGUGACACCCUGCCACAGAAGUAUGCCACACUCCCACGCAACCGCAACCCAUUCGAAGGGGAGCAAGGACAGCUGUGGGACAAGCCCAAGGAGAAAAAGGAGAAGAUCAGCCUGUUAGAACGCAUGACUGGAAAGAAGGACGGCCGCAAGACCAGCAGUGGUGGUCGUUCGGGCAGUUUGGGCAGUUCUGGAGACCUGCGCUCCCCCAACCCCUUUAGUGGUGACUCACAACUACACACUAACCCUUUCAGCUCUAACUUCAAGACAAGUGACAAAAAGCUACUUGGAAAUGUAAACCUCACCUCAGGCCAAGGGAGCAGGGAGACCUACGCCUUGAAAAAUGAAGUGAUGCAGGGGAAUAUGGCAGCAUAUCAAAACGUGUCUUUUGAGGAAGUGGUGCAGGAACUCAUCAAGCAGAAAGAAGUGGUGAAAAAGAAAGACGCCCACAUCAGGGAGCUGGAGGACUACAUAGAUGACCUGCUGGUACGUGUCAUGGAGGAAACGCCAAGCAUACUGCGGACACCCUAUGAGCCAAAGAAAAAGGCAGGUAAACUCAAUAAAAAAUAAAAAGUACCAGCGCCAACAAUAAGACUCUAACAGAGACAAGUGGGGCAGAAGUUUGUGCAUCUGUAUCGUGCGGUAAAUGCAAGUGGAAGGAGAAGUUUCUGUUCCAAUCGAAUGCAAACAGUUCACUUUUCCUUUAAGUACAACUCUAUAUUUUCAUUCAUCAACUGUUAAAAUUGACCAAUACUGUGCAUUAGGUACAUCAACAAAAUGACAUCAACUCAUCAGUGCAUUGAAAUCAAAUGCAGUGAUUACACGCAGCUCAGUUUCACUUGCACUUCUGUGGCAACAGAGCUCUGUUUGCACAUUGAGCUUCAAUCGUGUGCUGACAAACUCUUGAAGUUAAAAAGAAGCCAAAUUUAUGUUUACGAGACGCUUCGGAAAGGCAAGCACAUGCUGUUUAUUAAAAACGUCAUUGUGAUUAAACCAUUCGUAACACUUAUGUUUACACUUACUAAACCUACUUCUUAAGGACUGCCACAUUUAGCCUGGCUGUUAAUUCCGGAGCUGUGUCCUCAGAUCGGCUCUCAUCUGUUGCUUACUAUUGUUUUAAAUGAACAAAGUCAACAUUCUAAAUUUGAGUCCCCUUGGUCGUGCUUGCUUUUGUUUUAAUUGUGAAGAUGAUAAUUGAAGGGUAUUGGUGAAUAGUUUUUAGCAGGAAAUUAUAUUUUUACUUGAAGUGCAAUAAUCCUAAUUUAAGAAUGUCGCUUUAUGUUAUGCUGGAAUUGAAUUCCGUGUCACCUUUCAACUGGCAAAUGUUUUUGUUUGCGAAUUAUUUCCUGACCUUCUCGUUCAAUACAAAGAACUGAGGCAUCUGUAUUGAUUGACACUGACAAAGCUCUGUUACAUUUGAAUGUGAAUGUAUUUGUAAGGUACUUUAUGGCAGAUUGCUCCUGUAUCCGAAUACCCUGCCAAUAACAUUAGUGUGUGUGUGUGUCUUACACUGGUAUAAAAAACAAUCUUGUAUUAUGGAUUUAUAGAGCUAUGUAUAAUCCUAAUUCGUUUAAAUAUUCUUUUUGUCUGUCUUGUACGACACUAUACAUAUCACAGCACUUUUCUUUGUUUGUGUGUCCUCUUAACUCAGUCACUCCAAAAGACGUUUUUAAGCGUCUUUUCAGACUUGGUCUAGAAUUGGCUGGUACUGAAUGAGUUAACAGUCCAAACACAAUCAAUACACACAAUCAUCAUGUCUUCCCUACAAAUCUUUUAGACAGAAGAUGUCAAUCAAAUUUUCAGUUCACUGCAAGAAAGCUGUUGAAUCACAUUGCUGUUUCUAGUGGGAACAAACUGAGUGUUAAAACAUAGGCCCGUGCACACAUCUAUAGGUUUACGUUUAUCAUUAAAGCAGCUGCAUUUCGCACAGUGUCUUGUCUUGGCAGCGUGGCAGUCUUAGAUCCAAAGUUACAUUUGACCUUAAUCACCUCCAAUUGUUGAUUAUAUCAUUCCUGUUGUAUGUGUUCCAACUUUGCUCUUUAUGAUACUGAAUUCACGGGUGAGAUCAAGUGUUCAUCGUAAAAUGUUUGUGUCAAACAGCAUCGUUUUCUGCUGCCAUAUAAGUCAUUAUUUUCCUGGAAAUGUGUUUUUGUACAGAAAGCCCAACUCUUCUAUCAGUGAAUUUAUUUCAGUUGAAAUACAACAAAACGUCAUAUGUAAAGAUCAGCAAUGUUAUUGAACCUUAAUUCCCUUUCAAUUAUGUAUUUUGUUAUUCCUAAUAGGUACAGGACACGGUAUGAUAACCAUGACCAAAAAUAUUGCGUUAUUAUAAAUAGAGCUCUAGGAUGUCCUCUUUAAAAAAAAGGCGUUAAUAAUCAUUGUUUAUUUGUUUGUUUUCCAAGAACAGUGCACAUUAAUAACAUAGCAAAACGACCUCUGGAUGCAGGAGUUAGUGCAGUUCCGCUCUGUCGUUUUCCUCUCCCUACCUCUCCCUGUAACAGCUCAGCCCUCCCCUCUCUGCUCAGCCAAAAAGGAGAGAACAAAAGAAGUGGCUGGUUUUUCAUCGUUAACUUUGCCUCUGCAAGCAAGCAUUCAUAGCUACUUACAGUACAGGUCGCCAAAAAAAAAAAAAGCUUGUUGACAGGCAAUUUUUGUGGUAAUUGAACACUUGACUGUUUAAAACCCUCAUAAACCGUCAAACUGGUAAUCGGCCCAUACCCAGUUCCAAAGAAAAAAUAUUUCAUUGAGUGACAUGUAUUUUCACUCAAUUAUUGGAUGAACAGAUAAUCUAGGUUUUUGUGUUAAUAGUUUGUUUUUUUAAUCACAAUUGCGUUAUAAUGGUGGAAAGCCAUGUGGUUUAGCUAAUGGGCCAUUUUAGCCUGGCUGCUGUGCUAAAUAUGUAGAUAAAAAUCAGUUUUCCAUUGCAGAAAAUCUCAUUCUUACUGAUUGCCUUCGAAUACUGUAUGUGCUCUAGUGUGACCUCUCGUUACACACUCGUUACUGCUUUAUCGUGUAUGCAUAGUUUGCAAGCUGAAAUGGACCUCACCCACGGGUUUUAAUGUUUCUAUUUAGUCAAUGGUUGUCAUAUCCCUUGUUUGGUUGACUUGUUUGUUUUUGUUGUGCUUUAAAUUAUUUGAAAAAGCAUCCAAUGUGGAUUUACGAGUGCAGUGCAGUAAAAAAAAAACAACAACAAAUUGUAGGAAAUUCACCAUGUUUCUCAUUCAAUGUAAACUUCACGUUGGCAAGCUGUGAUGUGAAAUUCGUUCUCGGGAAUUCAAGUUAUUUUGCACCUCAGACAUUUUUUUUGCAAGACGAUCCUACAAGCAAAAUAAAUCUGUAGAUUCCUAUCAGCAUGGUAGACAACAGCAUGUAUUUUAUGUUUCUUUCCACCAGGUGCCUGUAAAGUGAAGGCACGCAGCAGCUAUCUGCUCUCCUCAAAUGAUGAAAUAUGAAUACUAAGGAUGAGAUACAUUAAACAUUGAAGACAUUUGGACCCUGAAGGGGAUUUUGUUCACAUGAAAGAAAAGUGAUUGUCUUGAAAUGAAUUAAUUUUGGCUGUCAUUCUUUUGCCUUUUAGCUUGAUUGCUACAUUUGCUUUAUGCUGUCAUAUAAUUUGGUUCUUUGGGAGAUGUCAGACUGCAACACGUAAAUCUAAAAUGAAGAGCAUUUUCAAAUCAUUUUCUAGCUCAACACUGGAAGGGGGUGACUCUCAUUAUUAUACUUCGUCUUAGCAGCCUCUUUGCAUAAUAUUUUCCAUCCAGUCAGUGCCGCUUUUUGAAUAUGCAAAACACUAAAUAUGCUUGGAGGUAAUGUUUCCUCUAAAAUGUGCAACUAUUCUCUCCCCAGCAAUCAGUAUCAGACAUGUGGCCAUAACAUGUCUGAUUGUUGUGGAGGAUUAUUGUGGGUGAUAGCAGCCCACUUCAUCACACAUUACAAAAGUUUCGAUGCACAACUCAUGGUGAGAAUUAUUUUUUUGGACACUUGUCCUGCUUCGUUGAACAGUUUCGAAACAGUUUCAAAAGGAUCGUAUUACCCUCUCUGAUCAUAGAACUAUUAUACAAUUUGAUGAGUUGGGUUGACCAACAUGCCACUGACAUUCAGAGAUUUGGCGUCUGAAUGUCUCCCUGGCCUUCCAAAGAAUUCAUCCACAUGCCCUCUCGUAUAACUGACAAAGUGUGAAGUCAUUGUAUGGUCUGUUCAUCAUCUCAGUAGAACCAUUUUUGGGCAGAUUCUAGAACACAACCCUUCUACUUGAACAAGUGUGUAAAGUGUGCCUUCCUGAAAGGUUGGAGGUACGGUAAACUGACAUAUAUUACAUUAAUAUUUGCCUUCACUGGCCAGUUUGAGGUUUUUAAACCAGCAUGUUUGGAAAUAAUGUUGUAUUGGGAGCAAGGGGAUUGAAGGAACACAGUUGUGUUGAAGGUUUAGACAAAAGUAAUUCAGGAAUGGUGACUGCAUACCAAGUGCCAGGUGUAAAAGUACUUCAAAAGAAUGCUUACUCGUACUUUGCGGUGAAACAAUUGCAACAAUUGUUUUGAGCAACAGUCUUCGUAUUGCCGUGAGUGAGUUGCAAGAGUACUCUGGAUGUUUUGAAAGGCACAGCAAGAUUGUAUUGUCCUUUUCAAUAAAGUUACUAAAUGAAGCUGA